CCCUGACAUGUUAAUAGAAGCAAGGUUACCCAAAGAGAUUCUGAGAAGUUGCUUUUCCAAUGCGUUUCAAAUGAGAUUUACAAGCAGUGUUCUGUAUCGGCACCUGUUGAAUGGAAAAAAAAAAGUAUAGAUAUAGUUGAAGGCAGCUGAAAAGAGGUGAAGCCAUUAUGAGUUCCCAGAAUGCAUUUGAGUUGAACAAGGGGCCACAGCUGGGGUCAAAGAGCCCCGAGGGAACAGGAGGUGUGGCCACAGAUGAAGACCACCAGCCCACCCUGCUUGAAAACCAACUCUGUGUGAGCGACUUUCUCAAAAUACAGAGUGCCUUUGAGCCCUCAGAACCAUGUCAAACGAUUUGCAUGUCCAGAGAAGAGUUUAUGCAGAGGAUGACAGAGGUUGUUGGUUGGGGCACAAACGACGAAUAUGGGGAGCUCUUUGACAAAGUGGAUGUGGCUCAAGAUGGCUUCAUUAACUGGGACAAGUUGACUUCAUUUAUGCUGUUAGCACUUUACGAGAAUGAUGAACGCGCAAAGGCAACCGUGCUUCCCCAGUGGAAAGACCUUGAAUUCCUCCCAACGAAACACAAGGACACCAUCCAAAAAGUAAUUUUCUUAAAAAGUUCAAGUCGUUAUCUGACCAUCAGUAAAGAAGGUUUAUUAGGAAUCUGGGGAGAGAAUUUAAAGCUCCAAGAAACACUUCCCAUCAUUUCAGAUGCCACCAAGCUUAAACACCUGUGGGUGACAAGUCUGGCUUCUCUGGAAAAUGUGAACAAGAUAGCAGUGGCUUUUACGAGUAAAGAGAUUUGUUUCUAUGAUCUGCUGUCUAAAGGAGAAUUUCCUUGUCAGUAUAAACUCCAAGGCCUGAAGGGAACUCCGAUUUGUAUGGACUAUUGGUACAACCCGCUUGAUGCCAAUGAAUCGAUUCUUUCUUUUGGGGACACAACCGGAAAGGUUCAAGCAAUUGUUUUCACGACAGCCUUGAUUUCCCUGUUUGAGCGUCCUGCUAAUGCACAUGAAGAUGAAGAAGUUACUGCAACUAUUAACUGGACAGAGUUGCUCUCUGGAUAUCACAAAUGUUGCUAUACAUUACAGCAUAACCUUCAUCAUGGAGAUUGGGUCAGGCAAGUUACUUACAAUGCAUCUUUAGAUGCUCUCAUUUCCAGUACAACCAGCAAUACAAACACUGUGGUGGUGGCUUGGAGAGAAAAAUCAAAAACGCCUCUUAAAAUGACAUCCUUCAAUGUUGCCGAGGGCAUUCAUGCUUUUGAUUACCACUCUCGGCUCAAUUUAAUUGCAACUGCUGGCAUCAACAAUAAAGUUUGCCUUUGGAACCCCUAUGUUGUCUCUAAGCCAGUUGGUAUUCUUUGGGGUCACUCAGCAAGCGUGAUAGCUGUCCAAUUCCUUGCCACAAGAAAACAGCUUUUCAGCUUCUCCAAAGAUAAAGUUUUGAGACUCUGGGAUAUUCAGCACCAGCUCUCCAUCCAGAGGAUGACUUGUUCUUUCUCCAAAAGUCAGGACUUCGGAUGUCUCUUCCACUUUGAUGAAGCCCAUGGACGACUUUUCAUCUCGUUUAAUAGCCAGCUCGGAUUGUUGGCAAUGAAAAGUGAGGCCAGCAAAAGGGUGAAGAGCCACAAGAAAGCAGUCACUUGUGUUCUUUACCAUUCAGUCUUGAAGCAGGUAAUUAGCUCUGAUGAGGGGUCUACUGUUUCCUUCUGGAUGAUAGACACUGGGCAGAAAAUCAAACAGUUUACUGGUUGCCAUGGCAACGCAGAAAUCAGCACCAUGGCCCUUAAUGCAAAUGAGACACGGCUUUUGACUGGCAGCACAGAUGGGACUGUAAAGGUAUGGGACUUCAAUGGAUACUGUCACCACACCCUAAAUGUUGGUCAAGCGGGAGCUGUGGAUAUUUCACAGAUCUUGGUUCUUAAGAAGACAAUACUGGUUACUGGCUGGGAGAGGUAUGCUUCAUGCAAAACUGUAGGAAGGGCUAUCACUGUGUUUCGACUACAAAACUUCAAUCAAUACUUCAUCCAGCCUGAAAAAUGGAAAGGAGGAAUACAGCACUGUGAUGAUAUCUUGUGUGCUGCAUUUUUACCUCCGCAAACUCUUGUUACAGGGAGUUAUGAUGGAGAAAUUAUUCUAUGGAACAACAACACAGAAAACGCUCACUAUGUCCUUCACCCUGAUUACCAGAGGCUGCUAAAAUCAAAAUGGGAUACGGAGCCUCAGAGGCUGCUCAGUGCUGGGAGGAGCCACUCUGCCGGCCCCGGCUCAAACCAGCCUACCCUAGGAGCCUGCACCUUUGACACAGACACCAAAUGCAAUAAUGCCGUUAUGAGGCUUUGUGUCCUUGAAGCAAGAAAAAACACUGCAGAGACAGGAGGAGCUAACCUGGCAUCAUGUGGAGGAUCUGGGUAUGUCAGGUUCUGGGAUACGUUUAAGAAGCAACUUCUGGCUGAAUUUUUGGCUCAUGGUGGAGUUGGAUCCAUUAUUAUGUCUACUGAUAAGUCAAACCAAUACCUUGCCACAGGAGACCAGGAUGGAGAGUUGAAAAUCUGGGAUAUAGAAGAGUACUGUCUUAAUUCCAGUAAGAGCAAAAUCACACAGGCCCCAACUCUGAUAAGAUCGUUCCGACCUCAUGAAGACCGGAUAAGUUCCUUAGAGAUGUGUGAGCCCGUCGGCCGCCCACUGAUUAUCUCCUCCUCUGCAGACGGCAGUAUUUGUGUGACUGACGUCUGCGGUGCUCCUGUCUGGAACUUUGGUCAGGCAAAGCAUUGGCAAAUUGAAAACAGCUUUUCCAUUCCUAAAAGAGAUACUAAUUUAAUGAAAAGUGAGAUUCAAGAAGAAAGCAUAAAAGAAAUUCCUUUACCUUCUAAGGAGGAAUCAUGUUUAGACCUACCAGAACAUUCUCUACUUGAUAAGAAAAAUGAAGAUGGCUCCACAUACAAUGUCAGACCAUCAGAAGUCAUAAAUUUAGGUAUAAAAUAUAAGGAAAGAAAUAUCUUGAAGAAAAAAGCACAUAACUUUUACAAUAGUGAAGUUAUACAAAAAUCAUCCAGUGCAUUUAGGUCAUUAAGCAUCGGAGCCCUCCAAGAUCUGCCUGAAGUGAAGAAACCAGCUUUUCUUCGGGACCCGGAGAAAUACUUCAGGGAAGAGCCGAAGGAGGAGAGUUUCCAAGUCCCAGAGCCCCCGUUGCUCUCUGCAACUUUGAAAGCUGUAUUUGAUGAGAAAAACCUGUUCCCCAAAGAAAUUCUGGAUCGUGAACGAAGAGCCAAGCAAUUAUAUCAAGAAACAAGUAGUGAAGUGAAGAUUAAAAAAAAAUAAGAAGCAAUUAUAAUUGAAAUAAAAAUAAAUAUUUCAUUGUCACAUAAA